GUCUGUAUGAUCUCGAGGGUGGCCGCAGGACAUGGCAGACGCCAGCAGGGCCAGGCUUCAGAGACGGGUCGGGGUCAGCGGCCGCUUCGCCUCAUUCCACCAGACUUCAGUAAAUGUUAAGUUACCACCUAAUGUGAUGUCAAAAAAUAAUUUGGAAGCCUCUCCUUGUAAAAUGACAGAGCCGUUUAAUAUUGAAGAAAAUGAAAGCAAGCUUCCACCACAUGAUUCUCUAAGAAGUCUUGGAAGACACAACCAUCCUAAUUUUCGGCUGAAAAGCCCAGAGAAUGGAAAUAAAAAGAACAAUUUUUUGCUUUGUGAGCAAGUCAAACAGUACUUAAAUAGUCGGGAAGACAGCUCAGGAGUAUCUUCAAGCUCUGCUGGUAUCAGUGAAGACAUAGCUGGAUCCAAAGGAGACAGGGAGACAUUGGCAACAGGCAACUCAAUGUCACCUUUACAUCUUGGAAAUAAUUCACCCACCAAAGAAGUAAAAACUAAGCCCAGCAGUAAUGUAUCUCCUACAAAGUCAAAGAAAUCAAACAGGUUGAUUGAGAAUGCCUUGUCCAUAAAUAGUCCAACACUCUUCAACUCUUUAGGACCACCGCUGCGUCCAACAACCUGCCAUCGUUGUGGCCUGUUUGGAUCACUGAGGUGUUCCCAGUGCAAGCAGACAUACUACUGCUCUACCGUCUGCCAAAGGAGAGACUGGUCUGCCCAUAGCAUUGUCUGCAGGCCUGUCCAGCAAAGUUUGAAUAAACUUGAAGAUAAUAAAUCAUCUUUUGAAACAAAGAACAUUGAAAUGAAAAAUGAGAGUGAUUAUCCAAUAGAAGAUAUUAAAGAGACAGCUACCAGUUCUGAGAAAAUAAUGUUUUCUGACUUGAGAAGCCUACAACUCAAGAAAACCAUGGAAAUAAAAGGUAUGGUUACAGAAUUCAAACACCCAAGUAACUUUUAUGUACAGUUAUAUUCUUCGGAAGUUUUGGAAUACAUGAGCCAACUCUCUACAAGCUUAAAAGAGACAUAUGCAAAUAUGGUGCAUGAAGGAGAUUAUCUUCCUGCCAAGGGGGAAGUGUGUGUUGCCAAGUACUCUGUGGAUCAGACUUGGAACCGAGCCAUAAUACGAGAUGUCGAUGUGCUACAGAAGAAGGCACAAGUCUUGUAUAUCGACUAUGGAAAUGAAGAAAUAAUUCCAGUGGACAGAAUCCAGCAGCUACACAGAAGCAUUGACUUGUUUCCUCCCUGUGCCAUAAAGUGCUUAGUGGCAGGUGUUGUCCCGGCAGAGGGGGACUGGAGCAGUGAUUGUAUCACCACUGUCAAGUCACUGUUAAUGGAGCAGUACUGCUCUAUAAAGAUCAUUGACACCUUAGAGGAAGAGGUGGUGGCCUAUGCUGUAGAUGUUGUGCUACAAAGUUCAGGAAAACUCCUAGACCAUGUGCUUGUGGAAAUGGGAUAUGGUGUGAAAUCUGAUGGACAGAAUUCUAAGGAGCCAAGUAUGGAUCAAAGUGAUCCUAAAGAUGUUGAAAAAAUGACAGCUGAGAACAGAAUUGUUAUAAACAGAAGUGCCCUGAUCCCCAGAGUGCUAACCUUGAAUGUGGGCGAUGAGUUCUGUGGAGUGGUUGCCCACAUCCAAACACCAGAGGACUUCUUUUGUCAACAAUUACAAAGUGGCCAUAAGCUGGCAGAGCUCCAGGCAUCCCUCAGUGAGUACUGCAGUCAAGUGACUCCACGCUUGGAUUUUUAUCCAGCCAUUGGGGAUGUGUGCUGCGCUCAGUUUUCAGAGGAUGAUCAGUGGUACCGUGCCUCAGUUUUAGCUUAUGCAUCAGAAGAAUCUGUCCUGGUUGGAUAUGUCGAUUAUGGAAACUUUGAAAUUCUUAGUUUGACAAGACUUUGUCCCAUAAUACCGAAGUUGUUGGAAUUGCCAAUGCAAGCCUUAAAGUGUGUCUUGGCAGGAGUAAAGCCAUCAUUAGGAAUUUGGACUCCAGACGCUAUCUGUCUCAUGAAGAAGACUGUACAGAAUAAAAUGGUCAUGGUGAAAGUGGUAGACAGGCUGGAAAACAGCUCCUUGGUAGAACUCAUGGACAAAUCACUGGUACCCAGUGUCAGCAUUGCUAACAUUCUCAUAGAUGCAGGCUUUGCCAUGGAAAAGGAGGUUGUGACAGAUAAAACUAGUGACAUGAAAAAAGCCAUUCCCUUGGCCAUAGAAGGAAGAGUGGAGCCUUUGGAGUGGACGUGGGUUGAGCUGGCUGUUGACGAGACAGUGGCUGUCACUGUCUGCAUGAUGUACAGUCCUGGGGACUUCUACUGUCAUGUCAUCAAGGAGGAUGCUAUGAUGAAGCUCAACGAUUUGAAUAAAUCUUUAACAGAAUGUUGCCAGCAGAAGUUGCCGAACGGUUUUAAGGCAGAAAUAGGACGACCCUGUUGCGCUUUCUUUGCAGGUGAUCGGAACUGGUAUCGUGCUUUAGUCAAGGAAAUCUUACCAAAUGGAAAUGUUAGAGUACAGUUUGUGGAUUAUGGAAACAUUGAAGAAGUUACUACAGACAAACUUCAGAUGAUAUCUUCAAUGUUUCUGAAACUCCCAUUUCAAGGGAUACAGUGCUGGCUAGUAGAUAUUCAGCCUAUAGACAAACAUUGGACUACAGAAGCCAUUGAAAGAUUUCAGACAUGUGUUGUGGGGAUUAAACUCCAAGCCAGAGUGGUUGAAAUCACUGAAAAGGGGUUGGGAAUUGAACUCACCGAUCUUUCUACUCCCUACCCAAAAAUAAUUAGUGAUGUUCUCAUCAGUGAACAUCUGGCUUUAAAAUCAGGUUCACCACAGAAGCACUUGCCAAAUAGCAGACCUGUUAACAUAUGUAAGCAAAGUGAAACCCAGGAGCUGCAAGCUAUCCCGGUAGCAAAACAGUGGAAGACAGUUGAAUUGCCAGUGAACAAAACUGUUCAAGCAAGUGUGUUGGAAAUCAUAAAGCCUACCUUGUUUUAUGCUAUCCUCAGUGAGAUGCCAGAAAAUCAAGACAAAAGAUGCUUAUUGACAGCUAAAUUAAUAGAAUAUUGCAGUGCUCAAAAAGUUGAUAUGUCCUAUAGACCAAGAAUUGGAGAUGCCUGCUGUGCCAAAUACACAAGUGAUGACUUCUGGUAUCGGGCCAUUGUUCUGGGAACAUCAGACUCUGAUGUGAGAGUACUCUAUGCAGACUAUGGAAAUAUCGAGACCCUGCCUCUCUCCAGAGUGCAACCAAUUACUGCCAGCCACCUGGAGCUGCCUUUCCAGAUUAUCAAAUGUUCGCUUGAAGGAUUGACGGAGUUGAAUGGAAGCUGUUCUCAGUUGGUGAUGGAGCCUCUGAAACGGUUCAUGCUGAACCAGAAUGUGAUGCUUUCUGUGAAAGAAGUUACUGAGAAUGUUCACACAGUGUCUGUUGAGAAAUGUUCUGAGAAUGGUACUGUCAGCAUAGCUGAUGAGCUAGUGAAGUGUGGUCUGGAAAAUCACAUGACUCCUAAAAGGAAAAAUGCUUUAACUAAAGAAAGGACACAUAACAAAGAUUGUUGCUGCAAAGAAUUGCAGAAACAGAAACAGUGUCUCUUGGAAAUAAAUGCAUGGAAGGAAACAGUGAAGUAGCGAAGGCAGCAGUUAGUAUUUUGUUUGUUGGAACCUUCCUCUACUUUUUCUUUAAUGACCUUUUAUGCCUCCAUUUUUACUUGGUACCUUUGUUCUAUUAGGUUGGUUUUCCUCCCCUCCACAUAAA